ACAAACCCUUGGAGUAAUUACAAGGGUUGGGGGUUUUAAAGGCGUUCUUGCAGAUUUGGACGCCCUCCUCGAAGAUGUUGAUCCAUACUCCCUUGGCUUCCAAGCUCAGUCUACUCCCUCGCAAGCUACCCUUCACAGCGCGGCCGCCGUUGAGAUCAGUCUUCGAGCAGCUGAGAUUGGUCGUCGAGCCGGGCAUCAGGGUAUGGCCCUCAUUCGUUUAGGUCGCGAUAUCGGCCGUGAGGCGAGGCUUCAAGGUGCUGAAGCCGCUCAGCGAGGUGGUAAGGCAGCUCGUCCAGCUAGCGUUGGUGGUCCUCGAACUGUACGUCGCGAUGCUUCUGCAACCAGCCGGACUCCUGUCGGGUUCGCUCGAGCUCGUUUGCGUCCCCGCCCAGUUGUACGUCCUCCGAGGAACAUUGAACCGGCUCGCCGAGAAGCCCGAACCCGUCACGCCCGGUCUUGUUUGACUUGGCGGGUCAUCUUUUUACCCCUCCUAGCGUGCGCACUAUUCCUCUGGCUCGGUUUUUCAUGGCUCGAUGCUAAGGUCAGGCUUCUGUCGCGCAGAUAGUCUGUCAUUUCAGCUUGGGGCGCUGUCAGUGGAACAAGUCGUGACGAGGUCCCUCGUAGUUCCCUGUGACUACCUCCAGGAUCAGAUUAUAAUAGCUUAAUAACUUGGAGCAAAUGGUCGAAAUAUUUGAUACU